CUGCUGGGCCGGGCCGGGGCUGGAGGCAGAGGAUCGAGGUCAGGGCUGGUCCUGCCCGCGGCGCGGGGAAGGCGGCAUUGCUCCUGAGGAGGAGCUGAGGGAGCCCCUCGGCUGGGUAUGGGCGGCUGCUGCUGCUUCAGUGACCGCGAAGAGUUCCUAUGAAAACACCGCGGCUUCCCCAUGUUGGUAGCUUAGCUUGGGUGUGCUCCAAAAUUAGGGGGCAAAAAAAUAAGUCUGUCUGAAGGACUCAUGUAUGGAGACUUAGUAAGAAACGGUGUCUCUGGAGAAGGAAGAUGAUACGCCAGGUGGUCUAAAUAUAGAAGAAAUGGAGAGCUUUCACAGCGAUGCUGAUGACAGUGCCAGGGAAGAAUCAUUACGUUCAUCAGAGGCUGCUGGAGUAGCUGACCCAGCUGUGGAAAGUGGGAGUGAAAUUUCACAGCAUGAUGGCUUGUCACCAUCAGCAGCGAAUGCUGAAAGUGAUGGAAACAGCUCAACCUUGUCGCCUACAGAAGAAAGGAGUUUCACACUUAGACUAAGUGAUAAAGGGCUCCGGGACGUGCUUCUGUCUGCUUCUGAAGGCGAAAAUAUAAAAACCUUGCUCUUACAGAACAACGAAAUUAAAACGCUCCGCUUAAAUAUGUUUAACCUGUCAAAUCUGGAGGUCCUGAAUCUUGAAAGAAACAGGCUGACGCUGCUGCCACCAGAAAUAUCACUGCUUCAUCAACUAAGAGUGUUGAAUGUCAAUCACAACCAGUUAUCAUGCCUCCCUGAGGAAUUGCCCAAGCUUGUAAAUAUUAAGGAGCUCUUUCUCAAUCACAACAACAUUGAUGAAUUUCCUUUUGCAUUGAAAAGCCUUGAAACAUUAGAGCUUGCUGGGAACAAGCUAAAAACUUUGCCAGAUGCUGUGGCUGACAUGAACAACUUGAAGGUGCUCAACAUGGAUUCCAAUCAGAUCUCAAUAUUUCCAAGGGUUCUCUGCUACCUUCCUAAUUUAGAAAAUCUCAAUUUAUGUGGGAACUUCAUUCAGAGUCUACCAAAGGAUAUUAAAGAGCUCAAGAAACUACAAGAAUUUUCAAUCAGUCACAAUAAGCUCAUAUUUCUGGCUGUGCAGCUUUUCCAGCUGACAAAACUGAAAGUACUCAGAGCUGAUGAUAACAAACUGGAGUUUCUUUCAGAUAAAGUGGAGAAUUUGAGAGAACUUACAUUUCUGGACCUUUCAAAGAACGCAUUCAAAAGCAUUACAGAUAAUCUCUGCAACUGUGCCUUGCUGAAACAUCUUAUCCUGUGUGAUAAUCAGUUAACCCAGCUCCCUGCUAAUAUUGACAGACUUAAACAUUUACAGGAGCUUUCCUUGAAUGGGAAUCAACUAAACUCGCUGGAUGAACAAAUAUCACAGUUAAAAGAUCUCUCCAAAAUAGAGCUUUCUGGAAAUGUAUUAACAUACAUCCCUGUCGAAUUAAAAACUUGUAUAAGGAUAACCAAAGCUGACCUCAGCAAUAAUAAGCUCUCUCAGUUUCCAAAUGUGAUGUGUGCACUACCUGAUCUUAAAUACUUAAAUCUCAGUGGCAACUCUAUUUCAGAAUUAACACCUGGGAUUUCUGACAUUAAAGAUUUGGAGCAUCUAGAAUUAAACAAGAAUAAACUGCCGUCGUUUUCUGCAUGCUUGUGCAGCCUCACAAAACUGGUCUACUUGGAUGUAAGCGAGAAUGAAAUCAGUAGCGUGCCAGCAGCGGUAUCUGAAAUGGAGGCUCUUCAGGUUCUUCUUCUGCACCACAAUAAGUUGGACUCAUUUCCUGAAGAACUGUGUUCUUUGAAGGCUUUAAAAACACUCGACAUUUCAAAUAAUCACAUAAAGACUAUUCCUUUAACGAUCAGCAGACUGGAAAUGAUUAAAGACUUAAAUGUAUCAAACAACCAGUUUGCAUCUUUUCCUUCUGAAAUAUUUCAUCUUUCGUCACUGGAGAAAUUGGCUGUGUGUCAAAUGAAUGGGUUGAAGUUGACUGAGAUCCCAGAGGAGCUUUCCAAACUGGUUUCCCUGAGGGAGCUUGACAUCUCUCAUAACGCGUUAAAGGAGAUGCCAGACUGCAUAGGGGAACUGAAGGAUUUGGUCCAUUUAAUUGCAAAUAACAAUGAGAUCAGCCAGCUCCCCACGUCUAUUACAUCACUAAGUAAUCUGCAGCACCUUGACCUUAGUGAAAAUCGGCUGAGAUAUCUGCCUGCUGGCCUUUGUUACCUGUACUUGCUGAAAGACAUCAACUUUGAUGGAAAUUCUCUGUUUGAACCACUACAAGAUGUAUGUAGAGGAAAGCAAUUACAUCCCAUUCUAUGCUAUCUGCAAAGUGCUGAUGAAAGAGAUGAGAGAAUAUUGCGCAAGAUAAUGGAAAUGAUUGCUGGCGAUGUUCCUUCUGAAGACUUUGAAUUCUUCUGCCAGAAACUACAGCUUGGCCAGGCUGACAUUGAUACUCUGCAAAAUACCAGGGCUCUUAAGUUGGAUGAGAAAAUGAUCAAGGCGCUGGACAUCUGGAUCAGUAAAAACCAAGCCUUAACGUACGACGAAAUGAUAGAGAAACUGAUCAGAAUUCUGGUAAUGACGGGCAAGCAUCACCUCACCAACAAGGCCAAAGCUUUAAAGCUCUGUUCGCAAUUGGUGACGUUCUAAACGUGCGAUGUACAACCUGUACUUAAGAAAGGAACAAAGGUUUGUCUCAUAGUU